GCAGCACUGCAUCGCGUGCUAUCCGACGCGAGCAAAGAGCUGCUAGACGAGGUCGUCGAAAGCAGCGGGACCGACGCCGACCGCCUCGCGACGCUCGCGCUCACCCGGCUGAACUCGGCGGUCAAGGGCUCCCAGGUGCUUGAGCCCGACGUCGUCCACUCCUACAUCGACGUGAUCAUCUCGCUCACGCGCAGGGACCACCCGCUGCGCGAUGCGCUCCUGAAGAAAGGCACGAUCGGUCUCGUCACGCGAGCGUUCGUCAGACUGUCGCGGGCCUCUCUCGCGGACCUGAGCGUCCGCGACGCCGUCAUGGCGUGCAUUGGCUGCACUAGCAACCUCAUCGAGUUCACGGAUGGAGUCACUUGGGUCCAGCAAGUGCUGCACGAGGGGCUCCUCCUCGCCCUCGUCAACAUAAGCCCAUCGUUCCGUCUGCUUGAUGGCGACGUGUGCACGCUGGUGCUCGCGAUGCUUUCCGACCGCCUGCCGCGGUAUUUCGUCUAUCGUUCUGUGAUCGUUGCAGCGAGCGCUGCCAUGACUAAGUUGGACAAUCAGCACUUGGCAAAGAUUGCGCGCUCUCCGUUGAAGGAGCCAUGGCUGAAGCUGAAGCACCUCACAGAGGAGCGCAUGUCGAUCAAGACCGAGUGGAGUGUCAUGCGAAAACAAGUCGGCUAUUGCGACAAUCAGGGAGCCAAGGACACGUUUAAGCAGUGCGCCCGAUGCCAAACGACCAUGUACUGCUCAAAGUCAUGCCAAGUCCUUGGCUGGAAAAAGGGCCACAAAACAGAAUGCGAACUGAAGAGCCUGGAACGCACCGCCGACACGAUCAACCGACAAGACCGCGUGUUCAUGCACCACCUCGCCAUCCGCAACGCGCGGGACAACAUCGUCAACCUCCGUGAGAUCGCGGCACGCGACCACCCAGGCGUGCCGUACGCCGGCCUUGGGGUGUCGUGCGACUACCUCAAGGUGCCGCCCACGUUCGGCGUGUUUGCGCUCGAGAACUACACGCUUGAGCGGCUCGCCGACCCGACGGCGGAGCGCACGCUCGAGGCGCGCGGCCUGAGCCUGAUCGCGAAGGUGCGCGCGAGCGAGGGGAAAUACACCCUGGUCGAGAGCCGCGUGAGCCGGGGAGAGACGUCGACGCUCAUCAUCACCAUUUCUGUGAGAUCGCUGUGGGAGUUCGACAGCGAUUGGGAAGAAGAGAUGAAUCGGCUGAUCGAUCUCAGUGCCGAGGAUGUCGGUAUGCCCAGUGCGUGGGCCAAGGAGCUCACGGAUUAGGAAUGGGCGUUUUGAUCACCGUCCGAAGUCAACAACGCUCCGGCAGAGCAAUGUCGAUAUUGGCCGUGCAAGGAUGCGUCACUGAUAAUUUCUGGUUUAGUUAAAUAAGUAUCGUGUCGUAGAGCGUGAGCAUGAAUAGUUAUGGAGCAAUACAUAAUCGUAGAGC